UCGGAAACGUUAGCAAAAAAUUUGAACUGGAGUUCUGACCCAAGCCUUGCUCGGUCGAUUAGCCGUUCGAGCUCGCGCGUGGAUCCAACGGAGGGCGGAGGUUGCGUGUGGCCGUGAGAUUAAGAUGACUACUAAUUUUGCCACUCGGUACAAAAAAGAUCUGAGCAUCGAUACACUCAAGACAAAACUUGUUCGCCGAAAGUCUACAAUUCAAAAAGAGAAUAGACACAAGGAAUUUAAUAAGGGCAGGCAAUUUGGACUAGUGGAUGUGAACAUACAGCCAUCAAGAGACAAAGCUACUUCUCAGCUGGGCGGAAAAAGCAAAGGGGGUGUGCCAAAGCCAAAUGCUGCAGUCAAGACUCGUGAACAAGAGCGCAUAGACAUGCUUCACCGCUACAAGGCGGAAAAAGAACUUCGCAAGUUGAAGGAGCAGAGAGAGAAGCCUAUUUUUAAAUGUGGACAAUUCAAACCAGACCUCCCUGCUUUUCUCUCAAAAGCAUCACAGAUUCCAGUAUUGAACAAAUCAAAAGAGAAAGAAGCUCCAAUUGUCAUGCGAGUUACAAGGUCGAAAACAAAAUUGCCAGAACCAAAGAAGCCACAGCUAUCAUCGGUUGCAUCCAGCUACACCAGUAAGGGCCGCAAUCGGCAGAUAGCUCAGCAAGAACAGAAGCAGAUCUACAUAGACAAACCUUCCAAACAAGAGAAUAAAGAGAUGCAGUCCGCCAUCUCAAGAAUCACACAUGGAAGAACGACAAGAGCAACAGUGGCAGCUAAGUCAAGAAUACCACAAGCAUCACAACCAACUAUAAUUUCAGGUAAUCUGCCACAGAAAAGAGUUACAAUUAAAGGAAAGCAGCAGAAAGAGAUAAUAAAGGAAAGGACAACACAGGUCAUGCACAAUACAAAUAAAGAUAUUCUAAUGGAACAAGAGGAAGAAGAGUUGAAGCUCCACCCUGCUAAAAGCAGUGAACAGAAGGACUUUCUUGACAAAGAAAACAUGUCAGCACCCCCAAAAAGAAACCGCUCAUUUGCCCCUCAGAAUUUUGUCUUUAAACCUCCCAAAGGCUUGUCUACCUACAAAGUGAAACCAAUGACCCCUUCCAGGGCAAAUGUGUUCUUAUCACCCAAUCUUUCCUGGAGCCCCUCAGAAAAAAACAAUGAAGUCUACAAAGAGGAAACUAACCCCGAACUCACAAAGGAAACCACUGAAGGACAUCAAUAUGCCCUGGAUUUAUUGGAGGAAAUUAAAGAAGAACGGGUGCCUAGUGAGAUCAGGGAUAAUAUUGCGUUCAAAGGUGAGAGCAGUGUGCAGCAACCAGAUCUUCUAGCAAGUGAAAUAUCAGAGCCAGCAACAAAGCUCCUGCAUGAUGUGUCCUAUUUCAGAAACAUUCUUCAAUUGGAGAAAGAGAGACUGACCUCAUUUUGUCUUGAAUGGGAUAAAACUGUUGAAAUGGAUAUUCCAGAGGAGGCAAAAGAUCUUGUCCGCACAACCAUUGGGCAAACUCGACUGUUGAUGGCAGAGAGAUUCAAACAGUUUGAAGGGCUGAUAGACAAUUGUGAAUUCAGACGUGGAGAGAAAGAGACAACUUGCACAGAUCUGGAUGGAUUCUGGGAUAUGGUAAACUUUCAGGUAGAAGACAUAAAUAAAAAAUUUGAGAACUUGAAGAAACUUGAGGUGAAUGGGUGGCAAAUGGUGGAUGAUGCUCAGCCCCACAGACCUGCCAAGAAAAAGCCCAUCCUUCGAAGGACAGCCAAAGCAGCAGGGGGGUCUGCCGAAAGGAGAGCAGCCAGAAAACGCCUUGCAUCUGUAAAAGCAGCCAUGAAGAACAAGACAAAAGAAGGGUUGGCAGCAGAGGCUUCAGGCCAAGAAGCAGAACGGAUAUUUGAUGGAGGGUUUUUCAAAAUUGAAUCUCCUGCCAAACUCUUUCCAGGCCGGACUCCUAAAUCAACUCACAGAAUUUCCCGGUGGACGACCCCAAGGUCUGCCAAUAAGGCUUUGCUUCAGAAUUGUGCAGAGAUCUGUGUUUUAAAGCAAGGCACAUCAAGUACGUCCAAAGCCGUUCCUCCUUUUCCAGAACCUAAAGCAUUUUCAGAUUCUGCUGGAACUGACCACCGUGGCUCCACAACUGAGAAAAGUGGCACUCAAGCAACAGAGGAACUGUAUGCUAGAACAGACAAAACAGAAAUAUCAACUGAUGAAGAACCAAUCAGCUGUGACAGGAGCUCAUCCUCAAGUGACAUGGAUGUUUACCAACUUAAAGAAGAAGCUUCAGAAAUUGGAGAUGAGAUGAAGCAGACCACAAUAGAUGAGGUCAAACAGGGUUUUUUUAGUGCCACAGAGAAUUCUCGGGCUGCAGAAACUUGUGAUCAAGAUGAAGUACAGCAUACACCAGAACGCUUGUCCUGCAAUGAUGGAAUAUUUGAUCUCCAGCCAAAUCUGGAUGUCAGCCUUUUCUUCACUCCUCUAAGAAACAAGACUGAAAAUUGCAUUUCAGCUGAUUCAUGCAGCAACCUUAUUGUAUUCUCUCCUUUUCCGGACAAAGAGAAAUAAGUACACAAACAGCAGAAGUUUUCUUUUCUUUCAUAAGUUUUAGUUCUGUUAUUAAACUGAACUGCCUUUUCAAAAGUA